AUGGACAGCGAGUACUCACACCUGGCGUGGACAAAUAUUGAGCGCAAGAAGGGCGGCCUUGGGGAGAUGAAAAUCCCCAUCCUUGCCGACAAGACGAAGUCCAUCAUGAAGGCUUACGGCGUGCUGAAGGAGGAGGAUGGUGUGGCGUACCGCGGCCUCUUCAUCAUUGACCCCAAGCAGAACCUGCGUCAGAUCACGAUCAACGAUCUUCCGGUUGGCCGGAACGUGGAGGAGACGCUCCGCUUGGUGAAGGCGUUUCAGUUCGUGGAGCAGCACGGCGAAGUGUGCCCUGCCAACUGGAAGCCUGGGUCCAAGACGAUGAAGGCUGACCCGAAGGAGUCACAGGAAUACUUCAAGGCAGCGGCCUGA